UUUCUUGUUUCUUCAUCAUUGAUUAGGUUGUAUGUAAAAUCUAUAAUCAUAAAGAAAGAAAAAAAUGUCAAGAAAGCCAUGUUGUGUGGGAGAAGGGCUGAAGAAAGGAGCAUGGACCGCCGAAGAAGACAAGAAACUCAUCUCUUACAUUCAUGAGCACGGUGAAGGAGGCUGGCGUGAUAUUCCCCAAAAAGCUGGACUCAAACGAUGUGGAAAGAGUUGUAGACUGCGAUGGGCUAACUAUUUGAAACCUGAUAUCAAGAGAGGAGAGUUUAGCUACGAGGAGGAACAGAUUAUCAUCAUGCUUCACGCUUCUCGCGGCAACAAGUGGUCGGUCAUAGCGAGACAUUUACCCAAAAGAACAGACAACGAGAUCAAGAACUAUUGGAACACGCAUCUUAAAAAACGUCUUACCGAUCAGGGAAUCGAUCCCGUCACCCACAAGCCACUUGCCUCUAACCCUAAUCCAGGCACGCCCAAGACUUCUGAUCCCAACGAUGAUGAACAAUCGCAAUCAGGUUCGAUGUCUCCAAAGUCUCUUCCUCCUUCUUCAAACUCCAACAAUCUACAUCAUGAGACAAGCAGCAGUGAUGAGACACCGAGACACGGUGCUUCCUUGACCUCCAAGAAACACUUGUUUAAGAGGUCAAGUUCUACAUCAAAAGUGUUAAACAAAGUUGCAGCUAGGGCUGCUUCCAUUGGAAAUAUUUUAUCAGCCUCCAUGGAAGGAACCUUGAUCAGCUCUACAUCCUUGUCUCCUCCAUGUCUCAAUGAUGACUUUUCCGAUACUAGUCAACUUCAGAUGGACGAGUAUGAUCCAUUCUCUCUGCCAUCCGAACACAUUAUUCCCGAUGAUAUCAGCAUGAACACUGAACUCAACAAUUCCGCAUACGAUUUCUCGCAGUUUCUUGAGCAGUUUGGUAACAACGAAGGCGACAACAUUCAAGAUCUACUUAUGUCUGAUGUCUCAUCACCAAGCGUUGAUGAAUGCGAUAUUAUGCAGAACAUAACCGAGUGGUCAAAUUAUCUUGUUGAAGAUUCCGAUUUUAAUCGUGACACGAACCAAGAUUGCGACGACAUGAACUUCAUAUAAUCCAUUGAUUGCUUACCGGAACAGAGUUCACCGGUACUUUGAUGGUUCUCGUAGAUAUUUGUCAAGUUAUUGUCAGGUUCACAGUAGAAGUUGCUAUAUUCAAUAAAAGA